UAAGUCUGCUCUUCCUAAGGUCUGCCCGCCCAGCUGUUUCUCCGCCCCUAUACCUCUCCCCUAAGGCAUGCCCUACCCCCUUCUUCUCUGUCUCACGCUGCCCUUCACUGCCCGCGCCCGUUGCCCCUUUCUCGCCCCCUUCGCUGCUCCCCUCCCUAUAGCUCGACCCCUCCUGCUCUUCUGCUCCUCUGGCCGUGGUCAACAUUUCCACCUUCAGGGCUCUGCCACCCCCCUCCCCCUGGGCACCAUUUCUAAAGUCAGCCUUUUGGUGCGCUUAGCACCGUUCACCACCCCACACCCACAUUUCCAGAGGGUAGCGGGCCCCGAAAUCUGUGCAAGCGAAACCCGCUUUUUCUGUGCACGCUGCUGGUCGUAAGGAAUACGGUCUUCCUGGGUGUGUGUGUGUAUGUGUGCUCCCUGCCUCUGCAAGAACGAAAAAGCUGCUGCAACUUGGAGAUUUGGACACCCAUCGCCCAAACGACUGGUGUCGCUUUGCAAGAUUUGGUACCCAAAGCCGUGGAACCAGGAUUUAGCAUCCUUCCUCUGAUGGCACGUUUAUUUAAGCAAGCGUACUAUACUUUCGAACAUCAUCUCCUCUCUAUUCCACACCUCCUCCCAGCCCGCCCCCUGGUUCCUUCCAACCCUCUAUCUCGCCCCCCCCACCCCCUCCGCCUGAUCCUGCGCAUGCGUUCUAAGAACCCCCUACACUCACGACACUGGCUGAGUAUUGUCGGGGGCUAUUCUCUCUCCCAGGAACAUGGCGGCGAGUCAGGGAGGUGGUGGUAACAGCGGGGGCGGUGGUUGUGGUGGAGGUGGAAGUAGCGGCGGCUGUGUCGCGGCCGGAGGCGGCGGCGGCGGGGCCGGAGGGGGAGGUGGCGGCGGCGGCGGCGGCGGCGGCGGCAGUGGCGGGACCGUGGUAGUGCCUAUCCCGGUACCGACUCUUUUCGGUCAGCCGUUCCCCAACGGGCCGCAGUGGAACCCAGGGAGCCUGCAGCCUCAACACACCGUGAGGAGCCUGGACCGGGCCCUGGAGGAGGCGGGCAACUCUGGCAUCCUGAGCCUCAGUGGUAGGAAACUCCGAGACUUCCCCGGUAGCGGCUACGACCUGACGGACACCACCCAAGCAGAUCUUUCCAGAAAUCGUUUUACAGAAAUUCCUUCUGAUGUCUGGUUAUUUGCACCUCUUGAAACAUUAAAUUUAUAUCACAAUUGCAUCAAAACCAUUCCUGAAGCCAUUAAAAACCUGCAGAUGUUAACAUACCUUAAUAUUAGUCGAAAUCUUUUAUCAACAUUGCCAAAAUAUCUAUUUGAUCUUCCCCUUAAAGUUUUGGUUGUCAGUAAUAAUAAACUGGUAUCCAUUCCAGAAGAAAUUGGGAAGUUAAAAGAUUUAAUGGAAUUGGAUAUUAGCUGCAAUGAGAUUCAGGUCCUUCCCCAACAAAUGGGGAAAUUACAUUCUCUUAGAGAGCUAAAUAUAAGAAGAAAUAAUCUUCAUGUUUUGCCUGAUGAAUUAGGUGAUCUUCCUUUAGUCAAGUUGGAUUUCUCUUGUAAUAAAGUGACUGAAAUUCCAGUUUGUUACCGGAAGCUACAUCAUUUACAAGUAAUAAUUUUGGACAACAAUCCCUUGCAAGUACCACCAGCACAGAUAUGCUUAAAGGGUAAAGUACACAUAUUUAAGUACUUAAAUAUCCAAGCAUGUUGCAGAAUGGAUAAGAAACCAGAUUCCCUGGAUCUUCCAUCUUUAAGUAAAAGAAUGCCCUCCCAGCCUCUCACAGACAGUAUGGAAGAUUUUUAUCCAAAUAAGAAUCAUGGCCCUGAUUCUGGAAUCGGAAGUGACAAUGGAGAGAAACGAUUAUCUACAACGGAGCCAUCAGAUGAUGAUACAAUCAGCCUUCACUCUCAAGUCUCAGAAUCAAAUAGAGAACAGAUAUCAAGAAAUGAUAGUCACAUAGUAGGAAGUAAACCUGAUUGUCAGAAAGACCAGGAGGUAUAUGAUUUUAUUGACCCCAGCACAGAAGAUGUUGCAGUUCCCGAACAAGGAGAUGCACGUAUUGGAUCGCUUGCUUCUUUCCUUAAGGGAAAAGAAAAAUGUUCUGAAAAAUCUCAGAAAAAUGAAGAAUUGGGAGAUGAAAAAAGAUUUGAGAAAGAACAGUUACUUGCAGAGGAAGAGGAUGAUGACUUGAAGGAAGUAACUGAUUUGAGGAAGAUAGCUGCUCAGUUAUUGAAGCAAGAGCAGAAGAACAGGAUUCUUAAUCACUCAACUUCUGUCAUGAGAAACAAGCUGAAAUCAACUUUGGAAUGCGAAAAGAGUGUCUCAACAGAUGAAGUUAAUUCACCGUUAUCACCCCUCCCAUGGCAGCCCUUAGAAAAUCAGAAGGAUCAAAUAGAUGAACAACAGUGGCCAGAAUCUCAGCCUAUAAUCUGGCAAAGUGAAGAAAGGAGGCGGAGCAAACAGAUUAGAAAAGAAUAUUUCAAGUAUAAAUCAAUGAGGAAGAGUUCAAGUGGCAAUGAAAAUGAUGAGCAAGACAGUGAUAAUGCUUAUAUGUCACCACAAUCUCCAGUAUCGUCUGAGGAAUAUGACAGAACUGAUGGUUUUCCACAUGGCCCCUUUGGCUUGAAACCUAGAUCAGCUUUCAGCCGAUCUCCUCGCCAGGAAUAUGGGGCAGCAGAUCCAGGAUUUACAAUGAGAAGAAAGAUGGAACAUUUACGGGAAGAGCGAGAGCAAAUACGACAACUUCGCAAUAAUCUUGAAUCCAGGUUAAAAGUAAUUUUGCCUGAUGACAUUGGAGCUGCACUGAUGGAUGGGGUUGUUCUUUGCCAUUUAGCCAAUCAUAUAAGGCCACGCUCAGUAGCUAGUAUUCAUGUACCAUCGCCAGCAGUGCCCAAACUGAGUAUGGCAAAAUGUCGAAGAAAUGUAGAAAAUUUUCUUGAUGCUUGUAAAAAGUUGGGUGUCUCACAGGAAAGACUGUGUUUGCCUCAUCAUAUUUUGGAAGAACGAGGUCUUGUGAAAGUUGGUGUCACUGUUCAGGCACUCCUUGAAUUACCUACAAUCAAGGCAUCCCAGCUUUCUAUGGCUUGAUACAACAUUUUACAAUUUUAAUGUUAGUUUAAUUUAUUUGAAGUAAUUUCAGAUUUCUCAAAUUUAUAAAUAAGAGUGUCACCUCACAUCAAAAAUAGUUUGCCUUAGGUAGAGCCUUAGGGUUUUAAAAAAAUAUAUAUUAAAACAUCAAAUUUGAACUUUGAGUUGCCCAAAUUUCUUUCGGGAGAAAACUGGAUUAAUUUAAUAAGAGUUUUUGAUAAAUUCAAAUUCUCUUUUUACUAAGUCAGUUGAUAACCUUUAGCUUUUUUCAGAAUGCCAAUUGAUACUAAACUUAAAUGUAUUUUCAAUUUAAUAACCACAUUAGGUUUAGUUUUUUUUACAUCAAAGCAUAGUAGCAAACAUCUGGAUAAAGGAAACCUUUUUUUUUUAAGCAACUUAAAACUGUUCUAUAUUUGAGUUAUUUAAUAUGCUUCUAUUCUGGUUUAUACACAAUUUCUUCAAACUUUGGUCUUAGUUUUCUAGAAAAAAAGUAGUAGAAAAAACAGAACUCUGGCUUUAUAUUAAAUUCUUUUAGUAUUAUAGGUUGGUGCCAAAAUAUUUUAAGUUGUAUUGUAGAUUGUUUACAUGUGAAGUGCCUGUGUAAUUGAUGACUCUUAUAUAGUCUUAAGCAAUUUUGCAAUUUUCUUUUUAUGUAUUAAUAGACUCAAUGGAACUUUAAAAUAUUUUAGUAGAUUUUGUAAGGUCAAUAAUAUGUGAGGAUUUAACUAUCCAUCACAAUUGGACACUUGUGAUUUUUAGUUAGUCCAUUGCAGUUUUCCUUAAAUUGGUUAUUUCAUGUUGUCAAAAAAGCAAUGUUAAUAUGCUUAAUUUAUGCUAUUUAAUUUUGCAAAACUUAAUCAUCUUUUAAAAUGUAUUAUUUGAAGAGUAUUUUAUUUCUGUAAUGAAAAUGUUACACAAAACAGUAACAUUUUUGAGAACUAGUGAAGUACUGAUUAUCAAGGACAUUUUGAUACAACUGCCAAAGUUUGGGUUUAUAUAUUGAUUUUUAGAAACAUUAUGUCAGUCCUGCCUUUAGCUAUAUUCAGAAAGUAGCAAAUGAGAAUAGAUUUUUUAUUUGAAAUCUGGCCAUUUGUGGAUCCUAUACACCUUAUGAUUCUCAAUUAACUUGGUGUUGAAGUAAACACAGACCAUUCCAUAAAUAUUUUUCAUAAUAUACUUUGUUACAUAAAGUCCUUGUUUAAUUUAGAGAUGGAUAAAUAUAUGUUGGUAAUUGUGCAGGAAUUUUUCAAAACCAUUACUGUAAUGAAUAACUCAGUUCCUAUAGGAGAACCUUAAUAAUUACUUUUAUAGUAGCCAGGCAAGUAUCAUAUCUUAAAUAUGUGAUCAUUUGCACUUGUUACCUCUUAAUAUGGAUGCAACUUACUAAAAAUGUUGGCCUUGGUAUUUCAAAGGGUAUACAUAAAAGGUAGAAUUAGUGUGCCAAAUGGUAUAGUAAGGGUUGCUUUAGGGACAACUCUACAUUUUUUGAUGAAUUGCCAUGAAGCCAUAUAAUUAUAUUUUGGCUUUGGAACACAGAUGUGUUCUUUACAUUCCCCAAAAGUAAAAUUGGAGCUUGUAAAGAAUUAAAGCUUCUUAUUACCAUAAAGUUAAAAAAUUAAAUUAUUAGUAAUUUAUUACUUUAAAUAUUUGAGCUAAUUAGUUAUUAUUUUUCAGUUGGACCUAAGCGCACACACACACACAUAUAUCUCAGUAACAUAGUCAAUCUCCCUAAUGAAAACUUGGAUAAUAAGGGUAAGAAAUGUUAAAUACCUUAGUUGAUGACUUUUUAAUAUAAAAAUUUGACUUACAAAUUAAGUGACCAGUAAAACUGCAGCAUUCAUACUUCUUUCAGUUAUCAUGUUAUAGAAUUCCUUAUUAAUCUGUUAAUUCUUUUAUAAGUAUUUUCCUGUUUCAUAUCAUUGAAAUAGUAGUAAAAUUAUAGGUCAUCUUCUUACUCAUUUCACUUGUGAGUUAAUUAUUCUUUAUAGAGAAAAUACACUAGAACCACACUAUGCCAUUCUUCACUGCAAGAGCAAAAUUCCAUGUAACACGGGUCCAUUUGAGGUGGAUACCAUAGCAGUUCAUCAAUACUAUUGUGCCAAAAGGCAACGCCACCUCUAAAGCAGUUUCAUGGUAUAGUCUCCGAGGACAAUAUUGCACCAAGGCUCUGAUGUACUUCUUUUAGUAGUUAAGUGUGACAUUUAUUCUAAAUGUUUUAUGGUUAUUAUAUAUUUACUUCAUCAGUUAUUGGAUUAAGAAUUAUCAUUAUUCAAAUGGGUUUGUGAUUUGAUGAGAGGUAAAUAAUCAAGCUAAAAUAUUUUAUCAGGCCCUAAAAAUUCAAGAUAACUAUUUCUGUUAAAUUUUACCACUGUAUGGCACAAGAAAGAAGUGAUGUUGGAUAUGUUAGAAUUGAAAUGAGUAAAAAUGCAUUACUGUUUGUUUAAUAACUAUCUUUAUAGAAUGCUAGUUUAAUGACUUUUCUAAAUGAAUUUUUUGAAGAAUUCAGAAAUGUUUGUAUUGGUCACAGAUCUAUCAAUUGAUUUUCUGAUGCAUUUAAAAAUAAAUGGAACACUAAAUGUAUAUUACCGAUGCAAACUGUGGAUAAAGUUGAAUGAAAAAAAUUUAAGUCUUGGAUGUCUUUUCUCCUUCUCUACCUCCUUUCUCACCAUCCAUCAUGGCAUCCAUUUUUUUGUCAGUAUUUGAUAGCUUGUGUCUAUUUUCCCCAGUAUGAAAAACUAGACUUUGAGAGGAUAUGUUCAAACUAAGUUGUUUAAGACUCCAGAUUCUCCUUACAGCAUGUAAUUUUUAGUAGGUAAUGUCUUCUGUUGAAAAAAGAUUUUUUUCUAAAAAUCCUCACAAUAUAAUGUUACCUUUUAUAAGAUAAACUCAUUUUGUGUAAUAUAAACAUAGGAGAAAACUUUACAUAAAUAAAUGGUAAAUAUUAUUUA